GGGGCGGCGACACUUUCCCAUUGGCAGAGGGGAGGCGGCCUUGUGCUGUGCCUGGAGCGACUGCAUAGCGCUUGGGGCGCCGUUCCACGAGGACGAGGAGGCAGGGGAUCGAACGAUCGAGUUCCGACCGACCGGUCGUGGGGAAGGCGUGCUGCCGCCAGGCAGGUCCUAGCGCGACAGCCAACAGGGCAACUCCUUCCCGCUUCGCCUCGCCGGGGUCAGGGCGUAGGGCGGCCCCGGCGUGGCGGUGAUGAGGGCGUGGAGCAGGGGCUGAAAGUGGUGGUCAGCGGUGUGGCGCGACGCUACCAUGACGGUGUUCCGGCAGGAGAACCUGGAGGAGCACUAUGAGACCGGCGAGGAUCUCGGCAGUGGACAGUUUGCUGUAGUGAAAAAAUGCCGUGAGAAAAGCACUGGUCAGCAGUUUGCAGCAAAAUUCAUCAAGAAACGGAGAACAAAAUCUAGCCGACGUGGCGUGGGCCGCGAAGAUAUUGAGCGAGAAGUCAGCAUUCUCAAGGAGAUUCGACACCCUAAUGUGAUCACCCUGCAUGAUGUUUAUGAGAACAAAACAGAUGUCAUUCUUAUUCUGGAACUUGUUGCAGGUGGAGAGCUCUUCGACUUCUUAGCUGAAAAAGAGUCUCUUACAGAGGAGGAAGCCACAGAAUUUCUCAAGCAAAUACUUAAUGGUGUUCAGUAUCUCCAUUCUCUUCAAAUUGCCCACUUUGAUCUAAAGCCUGAAAACAUAAUGUUGUUGGACAAAAAUGUACCAAAGCCUCGAAUCAAGAUUAUUGACUUCGGUUUAGCACACAAAAUUGAUUUUGGAAAUGAAUUCAAAAAUAUUUUCGGAACACCAGAGUUUGUUGCUCCUGAAAUAGUAAAUUAUGAGCCUCUUGGACUUGAAGCAGAUAUGUGGAGCAUUGGUGUCAUAACUUACAUCCUUCUAAGUGGUGCAUCGCCAUUUCUUGGAGAAACCAAGCAGGAAACAUUAGCAAACGUGUCUGCUGUGAAUUAUGAAUUUGAAGAAGAAUUCUUCAGUAAUACCAGUGCCCUAGCUAAAGAUUUUAUACGAAGACUUCUAGUCAAGGAUCCAAAGAAGAGAAUGACUAUUCAAGAUAGUUUGCUGCAUCCUUGGAUCAAGCCUAAAGACACUCAGCAAGCACUAAGUAGGAAAGCAUCUGCAGUGAAUAUGGAGAAAUUCAAGAAGUUUGCAGCACGGCGAAAAUGGAAACAAUCAGUACGCUUGAUAUCCUUGUGCCAAAGAUUAUCAAGAUCCUUCUUGUCCAGAAGUAAUAUGAGUGUUGCUAGGAGUGAUGAUACUCUGGAUGAGGAAGAUUCUUUUGUGAUGAAAGCUAUUAUUCAUGCCAUCAAUGAUGAUAAUGUUCCUGGAUUACAGCACCUUCUGGGAUCUCUGACAAAUUACGAUGUCAAUCAACCUAACAAGCAUGGAACACCUCCACUACUCAUUGCUGCUGGCUGUGGAAACAUUCAGAUGCUUCAGUUGCUUCUAAAGCGCGGAUCCCGUAUUGAUGUCCAAGACAAAGCUGGAUCUAACGCAAUCUAUUGGGCUUCUCGACACGGUCAUAUAGAAACACUGAAAUUUCUGAAUGAGAAUAAAUGUCCUUUGGAUGUUAAGGAUAAGUCUGGAGAGACAGCUCUUCAUGUUGCAGCUCGAUACGGGCAUGUGGAUGUGGUUCAGUUUCUCUGCAGUGUUGGAUCCAAUCCAAACUUCCAAGAUAAGGAAGAAGAAACCCCAUUGCAUUGUGCUUCUUGGCAUGGCUACUACUCUGUUGCCAAAGCACUUUGUGAAGCAGGCUGUGAUGUGAACAUUAAAAACAGAGAAGGAGAGACUCCACUCUUGACAGCAUCUGCUAGGGGAUACCAUGAUAUCGUGGAAUGCUUGUCAGAACAUGGAGCUGACCUUGAUGCAACAGAUAAGGAUGGUCAUAUAGCCCUACACCUUGCUGUAAGAAGAUGUCAGAUAGAAGUAGUUAAAACCCUCAUCAAUCAAGGCUGUUUUGUAGAUUUCCAAGACAGACAUGGCAACACUCCUCUCCAUGUAGCCUGCAAAGAUGGCAACGUCCCUAUUGUAAUGGCACUUUGUGAAGCAGGUUGUAACCUAGAUGUCGCUAAUAAGUAUGGAAGAACACCUUUACAUCUUGCUGCAAACAAUGGCAUUCUUGAAGUUGUCCGGUUCCUGUGUCUUAUGGGUGCCAAUGUGGAAGCUCUGACCUCAGAUGGGAAAACAGCAGAAGAUCUUGCCAGAGCAGAGCAGCAUGAACAUGUAGCCAAUCUGCUUGCAAGACUUAAAAAGGAUACGCACAGGGCAGUUUUUAUCCAGCAGUUGCGACACACACAGAACCCACAGCCACGGAUUAAACUGAAGCUGUUUGGACACUCUGGCUCUGGAAAAACAACCCUUGUAGAGUCUCUCAAAUGUGGCCUAAUCCGAAGCUUUUUCCGAAGACGUAGGCCUAGACUCUCUUCCACGAACUCAACCAGGUUCCCACCAUCUCCUUUGUCUUCCAAACCUUCAGUUUCAGUAAGCAUUACGAAUCUUUAUCCUGGUUGUGAGAAUGUCAGUGUGAGAAGCCGAAGUAUGAUGUUUGAGCCAGGCCUGACAAAAGGGGUAUUAGAAGCUUUUGUUUCACCUGCUCAUCACUCUCAUUUCUCUGCUGAUGAUCAGUCCACCAAGGCCAUUGACAUUCAGAAUGCCUACUUGAAUGGAGUUGGUGAUUUCAGCAUCUGGGAAUUCUCUGGGAAUCCUGUGUAUUUCUGCUGUUAUGAUUAUUUUGCUGCAAAUGAUCCCACCACAAUUCAUAUAGUGCUUUUUAGUCUUGAGGAGCCUUAUGAAAUCCAGUUAAACCAAGUGACCUUUUGGCUUAGUUUCCUGAAAUCAUUAGUCCCUGUUGAGGAGCCAAUAGCAUUUGGCGGAAGGCUGAAAACUCCCCUGCGUGUUGUUUUGGUUGCCACACAUGCUGAUAUAGUCAAUCUUCCUCGGCCUGCCGGGGGGGAGUUUUGGUAUGACAAGGAUACGUCAUUCUUGAAAGAAAUCAGGAACAGAUUUGGAAAUGAUCUUCAGAUUUCAGAGAAGUUAUUUGUGUUGGAUGCUGGAGCAUCUGGAUCUAAAGAUAUGAAGCUUCUCCGAAAUCACUUACAAGAAAUAAGAAGCCAAAUAAUUUCUACUUGCCCACCUAUGACUCUUCUGUGUGAAAAAAUUAUCUCUGUGCUGCCUUCAUGGAGAAAAAUGAAUGGACCCAACCAGUUGAUGUCCUUGCAGCAGUUUGUGUAUGAUGUACAGGAGCAGCUUAAUCCCCUAGCAAAUGAAGAUGACCUGCGGCACAUUGCACAGCAGUUGCAUAGCAUAGGAGAAAUUAACAUUAUGCAGAGUGAAACAGUUCAAGAUGUUGUUCUUCUGGAUCCUCGCUGGCUCUGUUCAAAUGUCCUAGGAAAAAUCCUGUCAAUAGAGAACCCAAAAGCUCUCCAUCACUAUAGAGGUCGAUACACUAUAGAGGACAUACAGCGUCUGGUAACAGAUAGUGAUGUGGAAGAACUGAUACAGAUUUUGGACGCUAUGGAUAUUUGUGCAAGAGACCUUAGCAGUGGAGCAAUGGUGGAUAUUCCUGCUCUCAUCAAGACUGACAAUCUCCACAGGUCUUGGACAGAGGAAGAGGAUGAGGUACUGAUUUAUGGUGGUGUUAGAAUUGUUCCUGUGGAACAUCUUACCCCAUUUCCUUGUGGAAUUUUUCAUAAAGUUCAGGUGAAUCUCUGCAGGUGGAUUCAUCAACAAAGCACCGAGGGAGAUGCUGAUAUACGUCUGUGGGUAAAUGGAUCAAAGAUCAUGAAUCGCGGCGCUGAGCUUUUAGUGCUGCUUGUCAACCAUGGUCAGGGCAUAGAGGUUCAAGUUAGAGGACUGGAAACAGAGAAGAUCAAGUGCUGUUUACUUUUGGAUUCUGUAUGCAGCACCAUUGAUAACUUAAUAGCCACAACCUUACCAGGCCUUUUGACUGUAAAAUACUACCUUAGUCCUCAGCAGCUGAGGGAGCAUCAUGAACCAGUAAUGGUCUAUCAGCCUAGAGACUUCUUCCGUGCACAGAGUCAAAAGGAGACAUCACUAACUAACACCAUGGGGGGAUAUAAAGAGAGCUUUAGUAGUAUACUGUGUUUUGGGUGUCUUGAUGUCUACUCUCAAGGAAGCCUAGGAAUGGAUAUUCAUGUUUCAGAUCUGAAUCUACUCACCAGGAGAAAACUGAGCCGACUUCUGGAUCCACCUGAUCCCAUGGGCAAAGAUUGGUGCCUUCUGGCCAUGAACCUGGGCCUCCCUGAUCUGGUUGCAAAGUACAAUACAAAUAAUGGAACACAAAAUGACUUUCUGUCAAGCCCAGUCCAUGCCCUGCUGCAGGAGUGGAGUAAUGCUCCAGAGAGCACUGUAGGAAUCCUAAUGUCUAAGCUGAGGGAAUUAGGUCGCAGAGAUGCAGCAGACUUUUUACUCAAGGCAUCUUCUGUAUUCAAAAUAAAUUUUGAUGCUAAUGGUCAAGAGGCUUAUGCUUCAAGUUGCAACAGUGGCACAUCUUAUAAUUCAAUUAGCUCUGUAGUAUCACGGUAAGAAACAGGUGUUUUGCAUAGAUAUGUUUUCAAAUUGCAGAAAAGAUAAAAGUGCGAGAGUUUCUGUACCUUCUCAAUUAUGAGGUUUUACGUCAAAGGAUUUUUAUCCUUCUUCAGCACCACCUUUUUGUGCUUAAGCUUUCUACUUCUGGCUGAACUGUUGCUUUUUAUUUGAUCUCUUAAAGGCUGGUGUACUUCCGAUGUGUUAAAAGUUAUUACAGAUACAUAAUGUGCUGCUUAAUACUGAUGUUUUAACUGGAAAGUUUUUCAACUCUGGAUGUAUCACAACUGUUUUAUGAAGUAAUUCUCCCUGUAAAAGGAAAGGGGAGAAGAAUAGCACAUAGUACAUGAAAUGUGUAUUUCUUAUGUCCAUUUUUUUCUUUAAAAUGCUGUCCUCUGUUUAACACUUUUUUAUAUUUUUUAAGGAGGGAAAUCCACCUACAUUGGUGAUUAGUCUGCCUGAAUAUAACACCACAUUGUUUUUAGCUGAAAAAGCGAGUGCCUUUUGCAGAAGAGGGGGGUUCCAUUGGUUUGAAUGACCCUGCUGGAGUUACAAGAACAUGCUACCUCUGUUUCACUGAAAUUGUCUGCAUGCUUAUCAUUGCAAGUGGUGCUUGCCUUUUAAUUUUUCCCUUAUUUCUAAGACAUUGGUAAUGACUCAUGCAGAGCGUUCAUGUGCCAAUACUGUGGGUACAGAUGUGUGAUACCUGUCAACUUCGAUUACAGUCAAAUCAUAAUGUGAAAACCUCUUAACCUUGCCAAUUACCAUGCUUCUUUAUUACCAUUUACCUCAGGUAAAAGUUUGUUCAUUAUGGAGUUCAAAAAGGAUAUACAUGUGUUAGAUACCGCAGAAUAAUACUGUAUGGCUGUCAGUUGUAAUUUGUGUAUACCAAAUUGUUUUCUACUAUUAGAUCCUAAGUUACUUCUUGUACUUGAAAAUUUUAACGGGGAUAAAAACAAAAGGACACAAGAUUUCCUGCAGUGAGAACUUUAAAAUUGAUAUGAGGGGAUAAAGCGCAUUCUGUUCUAAAAAGCAUGUAAUUUUAAUGGUGCAAUGUGUUUGUGUAUAUAUAUAUUGUAUGUAUAUAUAUUAAUACUAUUUUUUCCUUAAUCUUACCAUGUAGUAAAAUUUUAAAGCAUUUUUCUACAAAUAAACUGUUGCUUGUUGCAUCACUUUUAUCUGUAUCCUGUACCUUAAGUGGACCAAGCCUCCUCUUUUCCUUAUAACCACAGUCCUGCAGAGGCAGUG